CUCCAGCGCAUCAAAAGCUCUCGAAAGCGCUCGAAAAAGUGCCAUUUGUCGCACCUUCACUCAUAAUCUUGCAUGUCACAGCCAAUCGCAGGCGGCCGAUGCUAAAUAAGAAAUCCUAUUGGCUAAUAAAAACACCAUCUCGUUUCUUCAGCAUCGAAUCAUUACGGCAAGGUUCGAGUUGAUCACUCCCCGAUUCGGGCUCGCUCACGCAAGGCACACGACAGAUUCUUCUCCCAGCCAGCAUGACGGAGACGACCGACCCGCUUCCUCCUUCACCGACCGCAAGCGACACCGCACCGGACCACGUUCCGGCCGUGUCCGAGCCCGAAAAAUCAACAACGGGAGACCAAAGUGCCAAAAUCGUGAUCCUCUCGGUCAAUGACGUGUACGACAUGGUUCCCAAUGAACAUGGACACGGUGGUAUUGCAGAAUUUGCAACGCUGUUGGAACGACAGAAGGCUGCACUACCCGAGGACGUGACGCUGCUGGUCACGCUAAACGGAGACUUUCUCUCCGGCUCAGAAAUGGCUGAACGCUUCAAAGGCGCGCACAUGAUCGAGUUGAUGAACCACCUGGGUAUCGAGUACGUGGUGCUGGGCAACCACGAGUUCGACUUUGGAGCUGAUGAACUCAAGGUUCGCAUGCGUGAGUCGACGGCGAAGUGGUUUGGAUCCAACGUACUGGACUCGGCUUCCGGCGCGUUGUUCGACGGUGUCGUAGAUACAGAGAUCAUCACAUUAAAAGACGGACUGAAACUGGGAGUCUUUGGUGUCUGCACAGAGGAGACCCCGACGUUGUCAUUCCCAGGCUCCAGCGUAAAGUUCGACGACGUGUUUGCCACAUCUCGACGUUGCGUCGAACAACUAAAAGCCCAAGGCGCAGAUUUUAUUCUGGCACUUACACAUCUGUCCAUUUCGCAAGACAAGAAGCUUGCACGUCAAGUACCUGGCAUCGAUUUGGUGCUUGGCGGCCACGACCACGAGCCGUUCACAAUGUAUGAGGGCAAAACAUUCAUCCACAAGUCAGGACAAAAUGCCUUUUGGUUGGCCAAACUCGAGUUCGAGUUGAAACGCUCGGCUGAUCAUCCUGAGCGUGGCUUAACCGUCUUGCCACAAUGGAGCAUGAUUGCCAACGCGUAUUUGCCACCACAACGGGCGUGUCAACAAAUUCUCUUCAAGUACAUGCAACAAAUGGCAAGUGAAGACGAUCCUGAGAAAAAUGAGCGUGUGUUGGCUACUUUGGCGACCACGUUAACCACUCGCACUGCACUGUUGCGAGCUGGAGAGAGCAAUGGCGGCAACUUGGUGGCAGAUGCACUUCGUAGCGAACUGGCGGCUGAUGUGGGUUUUAUCAAUGGGGGUUUUAUUCGGGGAGACAAGGAAUAUCCCGCGAAAUCCAGCAUUACAGUGGGUAUUUUGAAACACGAGAUGCCAUUCCCGCGACCUGCCGUUCUCGUGCGAAUUAAAGCCAGCGACCUACGCGAUGCAUUCAUCCAGCAUCUGUAUAAAUACCCACAGCAGAGCGGCUCACACCCGCAUGUGUCUGGGCUCAAGGUGACCGUCGAUAUGAAGGUAACCCCGCCUGUUGUCACGAAGAUGCUGCACGAGAACGGCGAGCCGGUGGACUUGGAAACGGAGCUCCUCGUGGCCACGUCCAAGUUUGUAGCUGGCGGUGGUGAUGGCUGUUCGUCCUGGCUGAAGGGCGAAAUUUUGAGGGAAGCACCGAAGAUCCCCGAGGUCGUAGCCGACUUUAUGAUGAAGAAGCGGUUGCUGGCAUAUCCCGAGCACGAGGGACGGAUCACGAUCAUCGAGUAAAAGUAGAACUCGAUGUGUCUAUUAACUCACGAGAAGGAAGUAGUCAAAAGAUAUUGCUGACAAUCAAUUAAGUAAUUCGCUUGUAAAGAUCCAUCAUGAAAUCGCAAUCUCGAAUGCCCACGAUGCGAACGAAGGCUUUGCUGUCGG